UUUUAGGGUUUAUAUAACCCGGGCAAGUUCCAUCCUUUUUCUCCUUUCUCGUCGCCGGAGCUCUUUCAUCUCUUCUCAAUCCACCGGAGUCGGAGCCGGAGCCGGAGCUAAGUUGAACUGAUGGCUUCUGCCCUCCGCCAUCUGGCCGGGAACCACUCAUCUGUUUGCAUAACCAAUCCAUUCCUUUUUGCCAUCCAAGGUCUCAGGUAUCGAAAGCUUGAGGUCAUUCUCACCACGAACAUUGAGAAGUUGGGCAAGGCUGGGGAGACUGUGAAGGUGGCUCCUGGGCAUUUCCGCAACCACUUGAUGCCCAAGUUGCUUGCUGUACCAAACAUCAACAAGUAUGCAUUCCUCAUUAGAGAGCAGCGCAAGCUUUAUCAAUGUGAAGAAGUGGAAACAUUAGCCGAAGUUCCAAAAACAGAGGAUACUGAUGCUACUGCCAUGAAAAUGGAAGAUAAGAUGAAAGAGUAUCAAGCGGCUGCAAACCAACUUGAUAAAGCUCGCUUGGGUUUGAGGCGGCUCAUAAAGGUUGACAAUGAAUUAAGAUCACCUGUCACAAAGGAAGAACUUGUAGCUGAGGUAGCAAGGCAGCUUUGUAUUAGUAUCCAUCCGGAUAAUCUGCACCUACCUUCACCUUUAACUUCAUUAGGAGAGUAUGAGAUCCCGCUUCGCCUGCCAAGGAGCAUCCCCCGGCCCGAGGGAAAGCUUCAAUGGACGCUGAACGUUAAGAUCCGAAGAAAGUGAAUUGACAUGAAUGAUUCAUUCUCCUAUGACAACCACCACCGGAACAUAUUGUGGCUCACUGGAUGUUUUAACUUCUUGUCGAUGUUUCAUGUUGUAGGUUUAUGUUCCAAGCCACCUCAGAGUUGUCAUCAUUCCUUUUCCGCCUUCAUAAUUUUUGUUUUCCUCAUGCGGGAUAAUCUGCUCUUCACUUAUGAUGUGAGAUUCAGUUUUCUCUCCUUUUUUAUCUCUUUUUUUUUCACUGUUUGUAAAACUGUAACUGUGUUUUCACCUACCGUGAAGUCCUCAUGGUUGAAAGUUUAACUGGAAUCCAAUCCACAGAACAGGCUUUCUGUUUUAGGUAGCACCAAACCUCACU